ACUACUACUAAUAGCAAGUCAGCCAGCUUUCAGUACAGUCCAGUUUGACCAUGUUUCUUUCAGUUGUGCUGCUGUGGUUCUGUGUUGGCUUCAUCGUUCUUCAGCUCAAAUCUCGGAGGCCCAAGAACUUUCCACCGGGACCCCCUGUCCUGCCUCUGCUAGGCAACACUUUGCAGCUGAGCCUGGAAAACCCUUUAAAGGACUUUGAAAGGCUGAGGAAGUCUUACGGAGACGUCUACAGUAUCUUUAUUGGCCCUAAACCAGCAGUAAUCAUCAAUGGGGUGAAGGCAAUAAAGGAGGCGAUGGUGACCAAGGCUAGUGAUUUUGCUGGACGACCUCAAGACUUGUUUGUUAAUGAUGUCACCAAGAGUAAAGGUAAAGCAGGGGUUAUUCUGGCAGAUUACGGCUCUAGUUGGAGGGAACAUCGUCGCUUUGCUUUGAUGACUUUGAGGAACUUUGGUCUGGGGAAGAAUUCAAUGGAGGACAGGAUUCAUAAAGAGAUUAAAUACACCAUCAGUACCCUGGAAAAGAGCAUUGAUAAAACCAUGAGCCCUCAAGUUAUGUUUCACAAUGCAGCCUCCAACAUCAUCUGCCAGGUCCUGUUUGCUAGACGCUACGAGUAUGACAACGCGUUAAUCAAAGUGAUUGUUCAGUGCUUCACUGAGAACUCCAAGAUAGCCAAUGGGCCGUGGGCUAUGCUGUAUGACUCUUUUCCUUUAAUACGUUACCUACCACUGCCCUUCAUGAAAGCCUUCAAGAAUGCAGAGACAGUUGAAAAUCUUGUAAAUGAGUUUAUAAGGGAGCACAAGAAGACCCGAGUUCCCGGAGACCCACGGGACUUUGUUGACUGCUAUCUGGAUGAAUUGGAGAAGAGAGGCGAUGAUGGGUCUUCAUUUUCAGAAGACCGGAUCUGUCUGUACGCUUUAGACCUUCACUUUGCUGGGACUGACACUACAUCCAACACCCUACUUACUGGAUUUCUUUACCUUAUGAACUACCCACAUGUACAAGAACGGUGUCAGCGGGAGAUAGACCGAGUGUUGGAAGGGAAAGACCGGGUCAGUUUUGAGGACAGACACAAUAUGCCCUACGUGCAGGCUGUGAUUCAUGAGAUACAGAGAGUUUCCAACACUGUUCCUCUCAGUGUCUUCCACUGCACGACUAAAGACACAGAGCUAAUGGGAUAUUCCAUUCCCAAGGGAACAAUGAUCAUCGAGAAUCUGACCUCAGUGCUCAACGAGGAGGGACAGUGGAAAUUCCCUCAUGAAUUCAACCCUGAAAACUUCCUUGAUGACAAAGGAGAGUUUGUUAAACCAGAGGCCUUCAUGCCUUUCUCUGCAGGUCCUCGGGUGUGUCUUGGAGAGGGUCUGGCUCGUAUGGAGCUCUUCCUCAUCAUGGUGACUCUGCUGAGGAAGUUUAAAUUCAUCUGGCCCGAGGACGCAGGAGAACCAGACUUCACUCCAGUCUAUGGGGUCACUUUGAGUCCCAAACCUUACUGCAUGAAAGUCCAACUCAGAACGCCACAGUGAGGUCACAAACUAACACGUCACCAUGGAAAUCCUGGUGGGAAUGUAACUUGGAUAUAUCAAGUGAAAGAUUAGAGACCGUUCCAGUUUUUUCAAUUCAAUUCAAUUCAAUUUUA